AUGAAUGACAGUGAAUUUAAAGUGCGAAAACGCAACCCAAAAGCCUGUAGACGCUGUCACCGUCGGAAGCAGAGAUGCGUGGGCUAUCCGAAUUGUCUGAACUGCGAAGCUGCGAACUCCAUAUGUACCAGAUCAGAGACAUCUGCAUUCCAACCGGCAUCCGAACGAUAUCAUGGAAUGUCAAAAGAUGCGUUGUUUCAUAGGAUCGAGGAGUUGGAAGCUCAAUUAAAUAAUGUCACCAAGAAUUCAAAUUGCCCCAAUGAAACUUCCCUGCGAUAUGAAAGCCCUGAGCAACUCCCUCCUAACCUUCCCGAGGUAGGCCACCUGUUUGAUGUGAUGGAGUUCUUGACCGUGGGACAGAUGACAGAGGCGACCCACCAAACAACUGUUUCAGCACCAAGGACGUUGAUUGCCAGGGAGAUGGACCAAUUAUUUGAAAACACUGUCUUAGAGAGUUAUGACUCGGAAAAAGCUGCUAGUGCUGGCAAUAAGGAGAACGACAUAGAGUCCGGUGAUGACAACCUACUCGCGCGCCCGGCAGUCCCACCUGAUGGAGAAGGUUUGAAGUACAUCCGCGUUUACAUGGAGACAAUGCAUAACCACAUGCCGUAUAUUGAUAGCGAGGAGAUUUAUCAACUCCACGAGAAAAGACUCGAAUCCAUUGCGCCAACACGUUCUGCACGUUGGAAGUCAUUCAAGAUCUUCAUGGUCUACGCUAUUGGAGCCGCAACAUGUCGAGCUACAGAGAGCCAGCCCAGUGUCCCCGUCGCUGAUCUUCUACGCACAGCUUUACAACACAAGCCUGCUGUCACAGAACUCCGCUCUCUUCAAAGCAUCGAGGCCAUGAUGCUACUGAUCAUGUACAACCUACGCAUACCAAACAGUGCUAAUAUUUGGUACAUGAUUGGUCUCGCCAUGCGAACAGCAAUAGACCUUGGGCUGCAUAGAGAAGUCAACUAUCUCCAAUUAAAACCCGACGAGUCCCAACGGAGGCGACGCUUAUUCUGGAGCGUUUACGUCAUGGAUCGAAGCAUUGCCCGGCUUCUUGAUCGACCUUUCAAUAUUGCUGAAUAUGACAUCGACGUUGGUUUGCCAUUUGACUACCAAGAGCCAUUCCAGGGAUAUUCUCAUGAGGAACCUCUGCGACGAGAAAGACAUUUAAGAACGAGUAUCGCCGUUUUCAUCCCUGCUAUCAGGCUGAUUCGCUUGAAGUCGCAAAUCCAAACCCGAGUUCACAGAGUCGAUAAAGAUGUUUCGUUGCUGCUGCCAGAGAUCAACCCUUUAUUUUCAGCCUUGGAAGAAUACAAAAGAUCUCUUCAAUCUGACCUCUCGCCCAUGGACAAAGACUGGAUCAAUAUGCACUGGAAUAAUGGCAUUAUGAUUCUAAUCCAACCGUUUCUAAGUGAACUUCCUUCUGAUCAUGAAUUGAUUCAGACCUGUAUGAAGGCAUCUGGAAGGAUGUGUCAGGUUUACAAGUCGCUGCAUCAAAAGGGGUAUAUAGGCUUUGGGUAUUUCUUAGUCAGUACUUUGUUCAAAGCCGGUCUUACAUUAUGGUGA